AUGGCAAUCAUUUUAAAUGCUGCAGAUCUUGCCGGUCUUAUGUUCUUACAGCACGAUCAUGUGUUUUAUGACUGUAUUAACCUUGAAGUGUUAUCAGUUGUCAAUGAUCGAAUUUUCGUCGGCCAAAAAUUGAUAUUCGCCUUCAAAGGUGCUGCCUUCAAAGGAUAUAUAUAUUUUAAAUCAUUUUUAUUCAUAAUAUUACGUGCAAAUGAUGCUUCUGAACUUCAACGCCUUAAUACGGACGAUCAACGCGCUGAAGCUUCAUCAAAUUUAUCUGAAACAUCUGAUUGGUUAUAUGAAGAAGGCGAGAAAGCUGAAACCGAUGAGUUUAGAGUGAACGCUUCUCAUGAAUCUCAAGUUACGCGAUAA